GGCUCCGGAGCCAUCACAGAUCCAGAGGGGACGGUCUGUGACCAACACUGCUGCUCCCCCUCCUCAACACCCAGCUCCCUGUCCCAGCAUGAAGCUCAUCCUCUGCACCGUGCUGUUCCUGGGGAUAGUGGCUGUGUGUUUCGCUGCUCCCCCCAAGACAGCCAUCAGAUGGUGCACCAUAUCCUCUCUAGAAGAGAAGAAAUGCAACAACCUCAAGGACCUCACGCAACAAGAGAGGAUUACAUUGACCUGUGUGCAGAAAGCAACGUACCUUGACUGCAUAAAAGCCAUUGCGAAUAACGAGGCAGAUGCCAUUAGCUUGGAUGGCGGUCAAGUGUUUGAGGCAGGCCUUGCCCCAUACAAACUGAAGCCCAUUGCUGCUGAGGUUUACGAACAAACUGAAGGCUCCACAACCAGCUACUAUGCUGUGGCUGUUGUGAAAAAGGGAACCGAAUUCACCGUGAAUGACUUGCAGGGCAAGACCUCCUGCCACACAGGGCUGGGCAGGUCUGCAGGCUGGAACAUCCCCAUCGGGACGCUCAUCCGCCGCGGGGCCAUUGAGUGGGAAGGCAUAGACUCAGGCUCAGUGGAGCAAGCGGUGGCCAAGUUCUUCUCUGCCAGCUGCGUGCCUGGUGCCACCACCGAGCAAAAACUGUGCCGACAGUGCAAAGGGGACCCCAAAACCAAGUGUGCCCGCAAUGCACCUUAUUCUGGAUAUUCUGGAGCUUUCCAUUGUCUGAAAGAUGGAAAAGGAGACGUGGCUUUUGUGAAGCACACAACUGUUGAAGAAAAUGCCCCAGAUCAGAAGGAUGAGUACGAGCUGCUGUGCUUGGAUGGCAGCCGGCAGCCUGUGGACAAUUACAAGACCUGUAACUGGGCCAGAGUGGCUGCUCACGCCGUUGUAGCUCGGGAUGACAGCAAGGCUGAAGAUAUCUGGAGCUUCCUCUCAAAAGCACAGACUGACUUUGGUGUGGACACCAAGAGUAACUUCCACCUCUUUGGGCCACCUGGAAAGAAGGACCCAGUUUUCAAAGACUUGCUUUUCAAAGACUCUGCCGUAAUGCUGAAGCGCGUCCCCUCGCUGAUGGAUUCUCAGCUCUACCUGGGCUUUGAGUACUACAGUGCCAUCCAGAGCAUGAGGAAAGAUCAGCUGACUCCCAGCCCCAGAGCAAACAGGAUCCAGUGGUGCGCAGUAGGCAAGGAUGAGAAGAGCAAGUGUGACCGCUGGAGUGUGGUGAGCAACGGGGACGUGGAGUGCACCGUGGUAGACGAGACAAAGGACUGCAUCAUUAAGAUCAUGAAAGGUGAAGCAGAUGCUGUUGCCCUUGAUGGAGGUCUGGUCUACACGGCUGGUGUCUGUGGCCUGGUGCCAGUGAUGUCAGAACGUUAUGAUGAUGGAAGCCAGUGUGGCAGAGCAGAAGCACAACCAGCAUCAUAUUUCGCUGUGGCUGUCGUGAAGAAAGGCAGCGAUGUCAACUGGAACAAUCUGAAGGGCAAGAAGUCGUGCCACACCGCUGUGGGGAGGACUGCUGGCUGGAACAUCCCCAUGGGCUUGAUUCACAACAGGACAGGGAGCUGCAAUUUUGAUGAAUACUUCAGCGAGGGCUGUGCUCCUGGGUCUCCUCCUGACUCUCGCCUCUGCCAACUGUGCCAGGGCUCUGGGGAAAUCCCACCGGAGAAGUGCGUUGCUAGCAGCCACGAGAAAUACUAUGGAUAUACUGGAGCUUUACGGUGUCUGGUUGAGAGGGGUGAUGUGGCCUUUAUCAAGCAUUCCAUUGUGGAGGAAAACACUGGCGGCAAAAACAAAGCUGAGUGGGCCAAGGAUCUGCGGAUGGACGACUUUGAGUUGCUGUGCACUGAUGGGAGACGGGCAAAUGUUAUGGAUUACAGGGAGUGCAACCUGGCUGAGGUUCCGACCCACGCUGUGGUUGUGCGCCCAGAGAAAGCAAAGAAAAUCAGUGAGCUGCUGGAGAGACAGGAGGAACGGUUUGGAGUAAAUGGAAGUGAGAAAAGCAAGUUCAUGAUGUUUGAGUCUCAAACCAAAGAUCUUCUGUUUAAAGACUUAACCAAGUGCCUGAUGACACUCCGCCCAGGAGUGACAUACAAGGAGUUCCUCGGAGAUAAAUACUAUAAUGUGAUUUCCAGCCUCAAUGCCUGCAACCCAUCAGAUCUCCUCCAGGUGUGCACCUUCCUUCAGAACAACUCCACGCCGUUCCCUCAGCGCACAGCUCGGCGCUGCCCAUCCGCUCCCCGUUGCCCAUCCGCUCCCCGUGAGGAGCUGCAGCCGCCACGAGGGGAGCUCCGCUCGGCUCCCGCUCUCCGGGCCGAACAAACCAACAAACGCUGGCUGCUUUCGGACAGCCUUCCAUCCUUGCCCCUUUUCCUGACGGACUACAACUCCCAGCAGACCCCGCGGCGCAGCGACACGGGGAGAGACCGGAAGUGGCGUGUGAAACCGGAAGUAGUGUGGCGCGGCCGGAAGCCGCGCAGUGGGGACGUGUGCGUGCAGGCGGUCAUGGCGGGCGCCGUGGAGCCGUACUUGGACUCGCUGCGGCGGGAACUGCAGUCGCCCGGCCCUGCCGCUCUCUCCGUUCUUCUUGCCCUGAUCGUCGUCGCCCUCACGCUCCUGCUCUGGAGGCUCGCGCAAGGCGCAAGGAGCAGCCGCAGGGCCGUGCUGCUGCUGGGCCUCUGCGACGCGGGAAAGACGCUGCUGUUCGCCCGGCUGUUGACAGGCAAAUAUCGAGAUACGCAGACCUCCAUAACCGACAGCUCUGCCGUUUACAGAGUGAGCAGCGACAAGAGCACUAAUGUGACUUUAAUCGAUCUCCCAGGCCACGAAAGCUUGCGGCUUCAAUUCUUGGAGAGGUUCAAGGCUGCAGCCAGGGCCAUCGUGUUUGUGGUUGACAGCGUAGCCUUCCAGAGGGAGGUGAAGGAUGUGGCUGAGUUCCUGUACCAGGUCCUGGUUGACAGCACUGUUCUCAAAAAUGCACCCGCGCUGCUGAUCGCUUGCAAUAAACAAGAUGUCACAAUGGCAAAGUCUGCAAAACUUAUUCAACAGCAGCUGGAGAAAGAGCUCAACACCUUACGAGUGACCCGCUCUGCAGCCCCCACCAGUCUGGAUGCCUCAGGGACUGGGGGCCCUGCCCAGCUGGGGAAGAAGGGCAAGGACUUUGACUUCUCUCAGCUGCCCAUGAAGGUGGAGUUUGUGGAGUGCAGCGCUCGUGGCAGCAAGGGAGAGGAGGGAGAUGCUGACUUUGAGGGCCUUGAGAAAUGGCUGGCCAAGAUUGCCUGAACAGAAGAGGGCAGGGUGAGAGGGAGAGACCUGAGGAGGUGGGGGAGUGAAAGAAAAUAGAUGGUGUGAAGUACUUGGAUCUUACCAUAGGAGAAACUGAAAGCUGGAAAAGCAUUGCGUUGUCUUUCUCUGCUUGGGAGCAUGUAACAAUUACUGGUGUGAUUUCUGCUGUCUCUGUCACAACACCACAUUUUUUCCUUCUCUAC